AGUUUUCACAAGUACCUUAAGAAGCAAGUAGUAAAUGGGCUGUUCUAAGCGCGGCUUCUAAGACUGGUUUAGGUGUAGGUGCUGACUGUGGAUUUACAAAGAAAAAUAUGACGUUACGAAUUCGAAAUUUUCGAUGUCGGCGUAUAAUCCUCUUGAUUCUAGUUGUCAUAAUAAUUAUUAUCACGACACGCUCAAUUAACUACUUGUUUGAAGAACCAAAAGUUGGUGAAUUACCUAAUGUAGCGCCAAAGCCGCCUAUAAUCGAUGCCCCACCCAAUCUCGCACAAUCUGAUCAGGAUAAUCGUCAAAUCCAACCACCUGCACAAAUACCUCCAGAAGCUGAUAAACCAAAAGGUGUUCCGAAACCUCCUCAAGCACUUCGCAGUUCUGGAGAGAUUCCAUCCGCUACACUUUUCAAACAUGGUACACCUAUUUCCAAGGAAGAAACUCAAGGCGGUCUUCCUGACAAUGCGACAGUAGUCGCUAUGCGCGAUAAAGUUCGAGAGAUGAUGAAGUUUGCUUGGAACGGUUAUGCUACCUAUUCAUGGGGAAGUAAUGAAUUGAGACCGGUUUCAAAAACUGGCCACUUACCCUCUGUACUUGGCACUGAACCACUCGGGGCUUCCUUAAUCGACGCUUUAGAUACUUUGUAUAUAAUGAAUUUAGACAAGGAAUUCAAUGCAGCUCUAGGAUGGAUUGAAAUGAAUCUGGAUUUUAACAAACCUACCAUCGUAUCGGUGUUUGAAUUCAAUAUUAGGUACAUCGGUGGAUUGUUGUCGGCUUACACGUUCUCUAAGAAGCCUAUUUUGCUUACAAAAGCGGUUGAACUUGCUCAACGUCUGCUUCCUGCAUUUGACACACCUAGUGGAAUUCCAAUGAGUUUAAUCAAUUUGAAAACAGGUGACAAACGGAAUUUUGUUUGGGCGAAUUCUCGAUGUUCGAUUCUUUCAGAAUUUGGCACGUUACAUAUGGAAUUUAAAUAUCUGUUUGAGCUGACUGGUGAUCCAGUGUAUUCUGAAAAGGUCGAUACUAUUCGUAAGAUUUUGGAAGCAGUUGACAAACCUAAUGGAUUAUUUUUUAAUUAUAUGGAUCCUCAUACAAAAGUAUGGUGUGGUAAUGAAGCUGGUCUCUCUGCUUUAGGUGACUCAUUUUAUGAAUAUUUAUUAAAAGAAUGGAUUCGUACUGAUCAUAAAGAUGUGAAAGCUUUGGAGUUAUACAAGUCUAGUAUGGAAUCAUUCUUGAAAGUAGGCUUAUUUCACAAAAGUCCUCGAGAUAAUUUACUUUAUGUCGGCAAUUACAAAUCUGGCACUGUUUCCAAUUCAAUGGAUCAUUUGGCUUGUUUUGUUGGCGGUAUGCUCACUCUCGGCGCACCGGAUAAAAAUGAUCCAUGGUUUCAACGUGGUGUUGAAAUCACUAAUACUUGUAGAAGAAGUUACGAUGCUUCAUCAACACAUCUUGGUCCGGAAGUAUUUUCAUUUACUGAUGAAACUUCUGCAAUUGCCAUUUCUGAACCUCAUAAAGCGUAUCUCCUUCGACCAGAAACAGUUGAAUCAUAUUUCUAUCUAUGGCGAUUUACUAAAGAUCCGAAGUAUCGCGAUUGGGCAUGGGAUGUAGUUCAGGCUCUUGAAAAAUAUAGUCGUUCAAAUGCUGGCUAUUCUGGUCUACUUGAUGUUUACUCCUCAAAUCCUAAUUUGGAUGAUGUUCAACAGUCAUAUUUCUUAGCAGAAACAUUGAAAUAUCUUUAUUUAAUAUUUUCGGAAGAUACUCUAUUACCACUUGACAGAUGGGUUUUUAAUUCUGAAGCACAUCCAUUACCUGUUCAAAAUAAAGUCAAACUAACAAAUGACUGAUUAAAUCCGUUAAUCAGUUUUAUAUAAUGCUAGUGUAGAUGAUGUGCAGAAAUUCACUUUUUGUAAAAUCAUCUAUGAAUCCCUUAUAUUCCCUUUGGAUUUUUCUUUCUCCAUUCUUUAUCGUAAUUUUUUUUAGCUAGAUAUUCUUUUCUGUCUAUCACAAUGUCGAAUACUGUUCAUGUGCAAUCACAGAAGGGUAAGGAGAAAAAAACAUAUAUCUAUGUAUGUAUGUAUGUAUGUAUAUGCAUAUCUUAAAAAUAUCAUCAGUUAUGUAUGGGCUUUGUUCCUUUAUUGUUUAUUUCACAGAUAAGUAAGAUAAUCAAAAUAUUAUAUGUAAUCAGAUGAUAUUAGAGCUCUUUGGAAAUUUUCUAUGAAACACAUGUGUUUACUCUGACCAAACGACGAAAUGCCACUUAUUCCUCAGUCAUUUUCUCUUAUCCCAUUUUCUUUCAAACGUCUCUAUUUCUCUUGAUUAAUUUAGAUUAUAAAUACCUCUUCUUUUUUUUCAAUGAGACUGUGAUAAUUUUUCUAUUCAGUGUUCUAUAUAAAUUAGGUCAUUGAUAUCAAUUUGAUUAGGAGCUCUGUGUUAAAUAUUGUUCUUAUUAUGGCUAUUCUUCAUUCCUUCCUGAUGAAUAAAUACUGUGUUACUCUGUGUAUUCUAGCUUACUUUUAAUCUGUGCACAAUUUUUUCUACAGAUUCUUUUUUUUCGUAACGAAGGUAUGUUUUUUUUUCUAAAAAAAAAAGAAAAUAUUUGUUACUUUCAGGUGAAUCUCUUCUACGACACAUACAUAACACAUUCACAUAUAUUAAUUUAUAUUUCAAGUCUUAACUUCUCUGUUGAAUGCACAAAAUUUUUUGAAUUAUUUGUUUCUUUUGAUAGACCUACAGUGUCAGUCGAAUAUUUGAAUAUUGUAUGGUAUUUUUUUUGGUUUGCUUUUUUUUUUAAAUUUAAAAAACGGUCUAUGUUCCUCUGCUUCCAGAAUGUAUAUAAAUAGAUAUUUCAUUUCGAAUGUUUAUUAUACAUAGUAAUGUUGAAUUUAUUAUAAUUCUUAAUAAUUUUACGGAUA